AUGGCGGCUAGCGAGGGUGCCGCGGCUGUUAUCGGCGUCCUGAACAAAGUGAUCAGGUACGCGGUGGCCGCAGGAGUGGGCGUCAGCGCGCUGCAGACGUCGCUUUUCACAGUCGACGGUGGGGAGCGUGCGGUCAUAUUCGAUCGCUUCCGCGGCGUGCUGGAGGACGUGGUCGGCGAGGGCACGCACUUGCGCGUGCCGUGGGUGCAGACCCCACACAUCAUGGACAUCCGCACGCGGCCGCGCACGAUCAGCUCGGUGACGGGCACCAAGGACCUGCAGAUGGUCAACAUGAGCCUGCGGCUGCUGUCCAAGCCGGCGGAGAACAAGCUGCCCACCAUCUUUAAGGGCCUGGGCAUGGACUGGGACGAGCGUGUGCUGCCCUCCAUCGGCAACGAGGUGGUGAAGAGCGUCGUGGCGCAGUACAACGCCGAGCAGCUGCUCACACAGCGUGAAAAGGUGUCGCGCGCCGUGCGUGACGCGCUGACCCUGCGGGCGGCCGACUUUGGCAUCACCCUGGAGGACGUGGCCAUCACCCACCUGUCGUUCGGGACCGAGUUCACCAAGGCUGUGGAGAUGAAGCAGGUGGCGGAGCAGGAUGCGGAGCGCGCGCGCUUCGUGGUGCUCAAGGCGGAGCAGGAGCGCAAUGCCGCCAUCAUCAGGGCAGAGGGAGAGAGCGAGUCUGCCAAGCUCAUCAGCGAGGCCACAAAGGCGCGCAGGGGUCGUGUGGCCGGCCCGGGCCUGAUUGAGCUGCGCCGCAUCGAGGCGGCCAAGGACAUCGCCGACACCAUGAGCCGCAGCCAGAACGUGGUGUACCUGCCCAGCGGCGGCAACAUGCUGCUCGGCAUCAACCCCCGGUAG